AUGGGAGCGUCGCAGAACAAGGAUUGCAAGGACUGCCUAGUCCAGACAGAAAGCAGUGUGUAUUCGAACUCUUUGUUCAUGCCUUCCGUUCGCCUCGCAGCCCUGAACAUGGUAAAUGAUGCACUACAAAAGAUUGGGCACUUGGAAUUCAAAUUAUCUGAGCUAUACCGAGCUCAAGGUAAUCACCCACCGUUGUCUGCACCGCCCAACUCAAUCAUGACCUCUCAUCCACCUUUCCCUCUUGCACGCCGCAACUCCAACAAACUGGCGCGUAAGGAUCGAGCGCAGAUGUGCGCUUCUAACUCUCCUCUUCACAAAUGGACCAACGGCGCUCCCAACGAAACAGCCCUUUUGGCCGAUUCCCAAGAUGGAUCUAUCCGCACUACUAAUUGAACUGCGCAAUGGCUCUCUUGCGGCUGCUGUUGCUGCUUUACCAUGUCAUUCAUGCAUCUAUCUUCUGAUCUCGACACCAGAUUCGUAUUCCCUCCCCACUUUUUCCACACAUCCUAGAGCCUGUUUCAGCCUUCAUGCACACUCCCUCUUGCAUUUCACUCCUCUGUCGCGAUACACACACACAUAUUUGCUUCUUACACUCUGUGGACAUGAGUUACUCUGCAUAUCAGCACCAUUUCAAUCUUUUCUGACAGGACUUGUUCAUUUUGAGCCAAUCAGCUUUAUGUACAAACAUCAUCAGUUCACCCAUCAUACCUUCAGUAAUCCUCUCUCUCUCUUGUAAAUGGACUUUUUCUUUCCAUUUCUCUCGCUGGAGUGCCUCAAUUUCCAUCCGACUCCUGUCAAUAUUGAGGAAUGUGACGGCUUUUGCGAUCCUUCGCGUAUGGACUGGCUAGUCUUAAAAACUGUGAUUUUUUUUACCCGUGUACGUCUUCACUCAGAGGGGUUAUUGAAUGUAUAAAAAGUACGCUUCACC